AUGGAUGAUGACAACGGAAACCAGUUUUUGCAGACAAUAGUACCUAUUCUCACUGAGAACAGCAUUUGUUUUGCAUUCGUAUACAAAUUACCAAAAACCACUUACAUGGAAGAGAUGGUAGGAGAGAUUACUGUAAAACUGGCUGAACAGUACUCAGAUCUUAUGGACAGAAAAGCCAAUGUAUUUUAUGUAUAUGGAGAACCUCCAGCCAUGAUAACUUUAAGGGUGACUCUUUAUGUAGCUUCUUUCACUUUAUUGCCCCCUCUGGGUAAAGUGUGGAUAAUUUCCUCUCACUGGGACUUUGAAUCAUUCGCUAUCCAUAGGAUUUUAGGUAUAGAAUCCUUCCAUGGUGCCCUGUCCUUUACAGUCCAUUCCAAUCAACCACCUGGAUUCCAAGAAUUCCUUCAGACCAUAAGACCCUCCUGGGCUGGAGGAGAUGGUUUCAUUCAGGACUUCUGGGAGCAGGCAUUCAGCUGUUCAUUGAAACAGGAGCAGGAGGAAAUGAAGCAAAUCUGCACUGGGGAGGAGAAACUGGAGAGCCUUCCUGGGCCUUUGUUUGAAAUGCAUAUGACCGGCUACAGCUAUAACAUCUACAAUGCUGUCUAUGCUGUUGCCCUUGCUUUGCACAACAUCAACCUACAUGGAUGCAAACACAGAAGACUGCCAGAAGGUGGGAGGCUGGAUGUUCAGAAUAUACAGCCAUGGCAGUUACAUCACUUCUUAAGGAGAACCUUGUUCAACAACAGUAGUGGAGAAACUGUGCAGUUUGAUAAAAACAGAGAAUUGGUUACAGUUUUUGAUGUGACCAACUGGGUUACCUUCUCAAAUGGGUCAUUUGCUAGAGUAAAAGUGGGAAGCCUGGAUCCUCGGGCCCCAUCAGUCAAUCAGCAGACUCUGAAUGAUGAUCUAAUUGUGUGGCAUAGAAGCUUUAACCAGCUGAGACAUAGUGACCAGCAUUUGAUUCUCAAAGCUCAUAGUGCAAAUGUGUUGUCUCUGAUGGUAUCAUUUUUUGCCGAAAACCCAUUUAUGGUCGACCAUGCAUUAUCAAAUGACAAUUACCGGAUAUUAACCUCCCUUUUCAUUUAUGGACAGGUGCUUCCUCUCUCUGUCUGCAAUGACCAAUGCCAGCCUGGCUACAGCAAGACAAACAAGGAGGGGGAGAAAUUUUGCUGCUAUGAUUGUACUCCAUGCUUAGAAGGAAUGAUCUCUGAGCAGAAGGAUAAGGAUGCCUGUGUCAAUUGUCCAGAUGAACUCUUUCCCAGCAAAGACCAUAGUCACUGCAAUCCCAAGGUCACAAGCUACCUUUCUCAUAAAGAGACUUUAGGAAUCAUCUUAGUUACGUUGGCUGUAUCAUUCUCUCUGGUCACAGCUUUGGUGCUUGGGACCUUUAUUAAAGGCAAGGACACUCCCAUCGUCAAAGCCAACAACCGAAGCCUCACCUACAUUCUCCUCAUUUCCCUGUUUCUUUGUUUCCUCAGCUCUUUGCUCUUCAUUGGACAGCCAGGGCAGGUGACCUGCCUUCUGCGCCAAAGUACUUUUGCCAUCAUCUUCUGUGUGGCCCUUUCCACUGUGUUGGCCAAAACCACCACUGUACUUGUGGCCUUUGUUGCUACCAGACCAGGAUCCAGGAUGAGAAAGUGGGUGGGCAAAAAAAUGGCCCUUUCUAUUGUCCUUUCCGGCUCCUUUAUUCAAAUAUUGAUUUGUACACUUUGGCUAAGUACUUGCCCUCCAUUCCCAGAUAAGGAUAUGCACUCACUACCAGAGCAAAUCAUACUGGAAUGUAAUGAGGGCUCAGCUACCAUGUUUUACUCUGUCCUUGGCUAUCUGGGCUUUCUGGCCCUUGUCAGCUUCACUAUGGCUUUCCUUGCCAGGAAGUUACCAGACAGUUUCAACGAAGCCAAGUUCAUCACUUUCAGCAUGUUGGUCUUUUGCAGUGUUUGGUUUUCCUUCAUUCCAGUUUACUUGAGUUCCAAAGGAAAAUACAUGGUGGCUGUGGAGAUCUUCUCCAUUGUGUCCUCCAGCGCUGGCUUAUUGGGUUGCAUCUUUUCCCCUAAAUGCUACAUCAUUUUGCUGAGGCCAGAACUGAACAAGAGGGAGCAGAUAAUUAGGAAAGUUUGA